AUUCCACACCUCUCUAUGUUGCCAUCUUGCCUCCUCCCUAACAAUUUUUAAUUUUUAAGUGACACAUGAAAACUUUUAAAAUUUAAAACAUUCAGAGAAUUUCAAAAAAUAUAGGGAGCAAAGGGCAAGAGUGUCCUUUCACUCAACCCCCAAUCCUCAGUUUAGCAGUUAUCUUUUCAGACAUUUUGGGGCCUUUACAUACAUAUGUAUGUAUGCUUAUACAAAUCUAUAGCUUUGUUUUAGUUUUUUACAGAAUCAGUGGCAUUGUUCUGCUAUGUGCUUUUUGUUCACUUAAUGUGUCUUGAUUUUCCAGGUUAAUAAAUGUAAAUCAAUCUUUUUAACUGCUGCACUGAAUUCCAUCAUACAAAUGAGUUGUUUAAGCAGUCCCCUCCGGGUGGUGAGUUAGGGGGGGGUUGGCCUUUUUUACUUUGACAAAUGAUGCUGCAUGGUCAUCAUUAUAUGUCUGUCUCUUCACCUGUGCAAGCACUUUGCUGGAGUAGAUGUGUGGAAAUGGAAUUGCUUGGCCAAUUAUGCACAAUUAAAAUUUAUAGUUCUCAUUGUUUUAUGGGUGACUAAAGUCCAAACAGGUCUUGUCACAUGACUGAGGUCACAAAGCUUAUGGCUUAUAGCACCAUUAUCUAUAAGUGAACACAGACACUGGGUUCUGCUCUCUCAGCCAGGCCAAAAAAUGUCAUGGAGGCAGACAUUUAUUUUCACAAAUGCUUCACCUCUCAUUUCUGUUGGAAUACAACUAGUUAAUCGGGUCAUCCAACAUGAGCUAAAAUGCUACUCAGUGCUGAGGGGUUAAUAUGUUACCCCCUCAUUCAUUCACUCCUUCAACAAAUAUUUGUUUUUUCCAUAUAAUCCACAUGCUGUUGCAGGGACUUGGGGGCACAGCAGUAAACAAAUAUCCUUGCUUUGAAGAGCUUACAUUCUAGCAGGUGGCUACAGUAAACACAUUACAAGUAAGUGAAUGAUAUAUUACAUUGAUAGUGAUAAUUGAAUGGAAGAAAUUGAGCAGGUGCAAGAUUGUGGGGACAGUCUGUGAUGAUUGUGGUCAGAUAUACACCUCAUGGAGAAGCUGGCCUUUGAGCUGAGGCUGGAAGGAAAUAAGGGAGUGAGCCAUGUGGCUAUUGGGGGAGGAGGGUUCCAGGCAGAAAAGACAGUGAGUCCUGAGGCUGAAUGGUGUGAGCCUGGCAUGUUCAAUACCAGCAAGAAGGCCUGUGUGACUGGAACAGAGGGAAGGGAGAUGCAGCGAGAGGUUCAGGCCUUGGAAGGGCCACGUGAGCCACUGUAAGGAAUUCAACAUCUACUCUGAGUGAAAAGGGAGCCCUUGGAGGGUUCAGAGCAGAGAAAUGACAGGAUUUGAUUCCAAGGAUGGCACUGGCUGCUGUGUUGACCACAGACUCUAGAAGGCACAAGUGGCAGUAGGGGGUUGGGGGCUGGUGGAGGAGGACGGUUGUGUUUUAAUCAAAUAACGUGACAGUGGAGGCUUGGACCAGGUGGUAACAGGGAAAGUGUGGGGAAGUAGAUGGAUUCGGAAUAAAAUAUGGAUAUAAGAGCCACGAUUUGCGAAUGGGUUAACAUGGGUCCAUUUAACAUAGACAUUUUUAUGGGUGAUUUUCCAUAUUUGACCUUAAAGUUUAAGAGGGUCUGAGGUGGACAUUUUUAGCAGAGGAGAAUCUUCUUGGGUGACCACGCUGGUGAUGGUAUGUUCCACCCUGAGUCGGCUCGGGUAAGUGAAGGUUUUGAUGUGAAAUAUGCCAUAUUCUUCCAGGUGGUAGUUUCUGUGUGACUCCUUCUGGCAUCUCUAUAUGCAGCUCUGCUGAAAUGCUCAGUUUGCUGUGAUUGGACCCCUUGAGCCCAUCGUGGCCAUGGUGGGUGAAGAUGCUGAGCUGCCCUGUCAUCUGUACCCGAAGGAAAGUGCAGAGACCAUGGAGCUGGGGUGGGUGAGAUCCAGUUUGGGGCAGGUAGUAGACGUAUAUGGAGGUGGAAAAGAACUGGAAGCCAAACAGAUGACAGAGUAUCACAGAAGAACUUCAAUUUUAAGAGAUGGUAUCACUGAAGGGAAGGCUGCUCUCCGAAUUUACAACAUCACAGCCUCUGACAGUGGAAACUACCUGUGUUAUUUCCAAGAUGACAACUUCUAUGAAGAAGCAGACAUGGAGCUGAAGGUUGCAGCGCUAGGUUCUGAUCUUCACAUUGAAAUGAAGGGUUAUGAGGAUGGUGGGAUCGAGCUGGGGUGCGUGUCCACCGGCUGGUACCCCCAGCCCCAAAUACAGUGGAAAGACGCCAAGGGAGAGAACAUCCCAGCUCUGGCAUCACCUCUGGUUGCAGAUGGAGCAGGCCUGUAUGCAGUGGCUGCAACUGUGAUUGUGAGAGGUGGCUCUGCGGAGGGAGUAUCCUGUAUUGUCAGAAAUUCCCUCCUUGGCCAGGAAAAGACAGCAAAGGUUUCCAUAGCAGAUUCCCUCAUGGUGAACGCCCGGCCCUGGAUCGCGGCCUUCGUAGGGACCCUGCCGGCUUUGCUGCUGCUUCUUGCAGGAGCUGGUUAUUUACUGUGGCGACAGCAGCAGGAAAAACAGACUAUAUCUCAAGAGAAAGAGAGAGCACUAGAGGACAAAGAAACUGAGCUGGCAGAAAAGGAGCAUGAACGAAGGACAAGAGAGACGCUCCAGCACGAACUCAAAUGGAGAAUGAUCCAGUACAUGACUCGAGGGAAGUCGGCUUAUGAUGAAUGGAAGUCAGCCCUCUUCCAAGCUGCCAAUGUGACUCUGGAUCUAGACACAGCGAGCCCCAGCCUUCUCGUAUCUGAGGACAAGAGGAGCCUGCAGCGGGCAAAGGUGUGGCAAGAGCUACCAAACAACCCUAGAAGAUUCACUUGGAGUGAUUGUGUGCUUGGUUGCGAAAGCUUCACGUCGGGGAGACAUUACUGGGAGGUAGAGGUGGGGGACAGGAAGGAGUGGCAUAUAGGGGUGUGUAGGGAGGAUGUGGAGAGAAAACGUUCGGUUGAAAUGGUCCCCAAGAAUGGAUUCUGGACUUUGAGGCUUACUGGUAAUAAUGACUAUUGGGCUUUCACCAACCCCUGGACCAAAGUGACAAUUGCUGAGCCCCCUAGAACAGUGGGGGUGUUCCUGGACUAUGAGAUGCGCAACCUUUCAUUCUACAGUGCCACGAAUGGAUCUCAUAUCUACACCUUCCAGCACACCUCCUUCUCUGGACCUGUGUUGCCUGUUUUCAGAAUUGUGACAUUGGAUCCCACUGCCCUGACCAUUUGCCCAGUGAGGACAGGAGAGCAGAGUUUUGUUUCUGAUCUAGUGCCUGACUUUCCCCUGGAAAGCCUGGUGACCCCGGGCUCAGCUAAUGACAACGAGGAGCCUCAGGCCGAAGUAACGUCCCUGCUUCUCCCUGUCCAGUCUGGAGCUGAGGGCCUCCUCCUCAACAGCGACAAAUCACAACAAUAAAGCACCUACUGUGGUACCACAUCCUGUUUGAAGCACUUUGCUAAUGUUAAUUCAAUGACUCCUUGUAACAAUUGUUUGACUUUGGUACCACUUGAUUACCUCUUUAUACAGAUGAAGAAAACUCAGGUGCAGAAAAGCAAAUGAACUUUUCAAAAGCAGCACAGUCAGUGAAUGGUAGAGCUGGGAUUGGAACAACAAUCACAUUGACAGAGAACUUAAAAUGAGCUGGGUUGCUCACAGACAUAGGGGACUGGUGGUUUGAUGGGUUGAGCCCUCUACCACAGGACUUGCCCUUGAGAAAACUGUUGCUGCAAAGGAGAGGCUAGGCCUCCCUAUAAUCGUGCCUAAGAGCCUCCUCC